AUGGGCUGGACAGGACUGGCCAAUCCCUCCGAGCCAACCCACCAACUUCCCGAGUCUGCAAUGGGCUGGACAGGACUGGCCAAUCCCUCCGAGCCAACCCACCAACCUCCCGAGACUGCAAUGGGCUGCACAGGAUUGGCCAAUCCCUCCGAGCCAACCCACCAACCUCCCGAGUCUAAACAGGACUGGCCAAUCCUUCCGAGCCAACCCACCAACCUCCCGAGUCUGCAAUGGGCUGCACAGGAUUGGCCAAUCCCUCCGAGCCAACCCACCAACCUCCCGAGUCUAAACAGGACUGGCCAAUCCUUCCGAGCCAACCCACCAACCUCCCGAGUCUGCAAUGGGCUGGACAGGACUGGCCAAUCCCUCCGAGCCAACCCACCAACCUCCCGAGUCUGCAAUGGGCUGGACAGGACUGGCCAAUCCCUCCGAGCCAACCCACCAACCUCCCGAGUCUGCAAGGGGCUGGACAGGACUGGCCAAUCCCUCCGAGCCAACCCACCAACCUCCCGAGUCUGCAAGGGCUGGACAGGACUGGCCAAUCCUUCCGAACCAACCCACCAACCUCCCGAGUCUGCAAGGGGCUGGACAGGACUGGCCAAUCCCUCCGAGCCAACCCACCAACUUCCCGAGUCUGCAAUGGGCUGGACAGGACUGGCCAAUCCCUCCGAGCCAACCCAUCAACCUCCCGAGUCUGCAAUGGGCUGCACAGGAUUGGCCAAUCCCUCCGAGCCAACCCACCAACCUCCCAAGUCUAAACAGGACUGGCCAAUCCUUCCGAGCCAACCCACCAACCUCCCGAGUCUGCAAUGGGCUGGACAGGACUGGCCAAUCCCUCCGAGCCAACCCACCAACCUCCCAAGUCUGCAAUGGGCUGGACAGGACUGGCCAAUCCCUCCGAGCCAACCCACCAACCUCCCGAGUCUGCAAGGGGCUGGACAGGACUGGCCAAUCCCUCCGAGCCAACCCACCAACCUCCCGAGUCUGCAAGGGGCUGGACAGGACUGGCCAAUCCCUCCGAGCCAACCCACCAACCUCCCGAGUCUGCAAUGGGCUGGACAGGACUGGCCAAUCCCUCCGAGCCAACCCACCAACCUCCCGAGUCUAAACAGGACUGGACAGCAAGUCUCUGGCCAGCCUCUUUUACACGUCCACAACAACAAGGUCCUAACCACAGAACUAGACAACUAG